AUGCAGGCGGUGUCUUGGCCUGAUUGGGCUUCGAUCUCGAUCAAGUACUCAUUGAUCUCGAUUUCCAGUUUCCACGUGCUAAACAAGAUCACCGAUGCUUAUGUCAGCAUUUUUUGGCUCCUUGCUGCCUACUCGUGUGCUUCACUCCCUGGGACCGUCGGCACCGGACCAGUCAUGGAACAUCACUCCCGCUUCUCCCAGUUCAACAGCAGGCAACCAAAAGUAGGCCCUAUUGCCAACUCCUCGCGGUUUAUGGAAUCCCAAACAAGAGUGGUCGAUCCUCUCGAAAACUUCAAGAAACGGCCGACACCGUCCAGAAAGCCCUCGGCUUCGACGUCGAGUCUGUACAUAUCCAGACCUAUUGCUACAAAUUCAAGGGUCAAGCAAGAUGAACAGUACAGGAAGGACAUGCACCUUGCAUUCGUAAACAACGCUCUGCAACAGAAGGCUAAUGGCAUCAGCGACGCAUUCGAUGAGCUGCUAGACCAGUUCAACCUCAAGAAACCCUCAGAUGGACCAUUACCCACCGCUCAGCUACGCCUAUGGAUCCUUGCUCUAUCCCACGUUGUUUCUCGCCUCGAGCGGUGUCACUCUUCUCUAGUAGAGGCCGUUAUCAACACACCAUGGACAACGAUGGACACGGUUUUCGUCAAGUCUUAUAUCUCAUUCAUCGGAAUGCUCAUCAGCGCAAGACCGGAGUAUCUAUUUCUCGUCCUUGGGAAGAUUUCACAUGGGUUUACUUACCAGCUGCCUUCGAGCUCAUCGAGUCCCCUGACGCGACGGGUUGUCUAUGACCGGCUUCACUACCUCCUACAACAUCUCCUUUCUCUUGUUCCCACACUGCCUUCGACACUCCACCCGCUACUUGUUCGCAAUUUCCCUCACAAGCGACAAAGUCAGGCAGCGCAAGUAACCUAUAUACGAAAUAUUCUCAGGAUCACCGAGUACUGCCCUGAACUUUCAGAAGGCAUUCUUGCAACGAUUAUAGACCGUGCUAUUCAGAUCGAUGUCGAGAUCCAAGUGGAGCUGGAAGAAUUGGAGGAGCACUCAGCCAGUCAAGAUCAGGAGGUCUUCGACAUUGAUCCGUUUGACACGGUCGUCGGCCAGGAGGGGGACGAAUCGGACUCUGACGACGAGGGCGAUGAUGAAGGGGACAAUUUCAGUGACCUAUCUUCGGACGCAGAUGGCGAGGUGGCCGAUGAUGACAUUCCACCACAGGAUGUCCCCACUAAUUUCCAGCACGUGCAAAGCAUGGUCGACAAGCUGGAUUCCAUCCUCAAGAAUGUGUUUGACUAUUUCAAUCGUUCUCAGGUAAAUACUACCUCUGUCCCGGUAACAUUACCGGGGACACCGUCCUCCCGUUCAGAUUCGGGGUCAUCAACACCAGACAUCAUACGACCGCCAUCACCAACCAUACUCGAGGACGGGAAGAUGCUCCGGCGGCAGCAAUUCCACGCGCUCCUCUCCAUCUUCGAUCGCACAAUCCUCCGCACCUUCAAAUCGCGCUAUACACAGUUCCUUGUCUUUUGGUACUCCUCCCUCGAUCCCGAGUUCAGCGACCUCUUUCAGGGCAUGCUGGUCUCCAAAUCGCUGCUUGAAGAGGAUCAGCCGGCCGUGACUCGCGCUGCGGCGGCAAGCUACAUCGCGAGCUUUGUCAGUCGCGCGCAAUUCGUCGACCGUGAAAGCACGCGCAGGGUCGUCGCGUGCCUCUGCAAUUUCUUGCGCAACCGUCUGGACAUCCUCGACGCCGUGACAAAUGCGGGUGCCACCCCACCGAGCAUGGCGCAUCAUAGCGUGUUCUAUGCCGUCGCCCAAGCGGUGUUCUUGAUUUUCUGCUUCCGGUGGCGGGAUCUACUGGAAGAUCAGGAUGACGUGGAUGAGUUUGCCGCCGCGGCCGCGCCUGCUAAGAAGUGGAUGGUCGAGCUGCAGAUCCUGCAGCGAGUGGUCACGUCGGAACUUAAUCCACUCAAGAUUUGUUCUGCUAAUGUCGUCAUGCAAUUCGCUCGGGUCGCGCAAGCGACGGAUUUCAUCUACUGUUACUCGAUCAUGGAGUCGAAUAGGCGUUCGGAAUACGCGCCGAAGCCGCCGACGCCCACGCUCCUAGGGCAGUCUAUGCACUCAGAACUCAACGCGUUCUUCCCAUUCGAUCCAUACAGGCUUCCGCGGUCGGGCUCAUAUAUCCAAGCGGUGUAUCGCGAGUGGUCGUCUGUCGCAAUUGAUGACGACGAGGACGAAGACGAGGACGAGGAACAAGAAGACGAGGGUGAAGAGGACGACGUCGAUAAGGGCACUGGAAGGUCCCAGAUACCGGCGCAGAGGAUCAUCGUGAAUGGAGUGCGAAAAGAGGGUGAACAGGACGAUGCCGACGGGCUUGGUGAGUCGUUUGGCGGGAUGAGCAUCAGUCCGCGACUGGCAAGUGCGAUGAGUGUGUCGGUUUCGUAGUCCACAGCCCUUUUGUCUGGUCUUCUCACUGGUUUCGUGGCAUCGAUACCGUGUUUUGUCUUCAAUUCAUGCAUGGGAUAGCAAAGAU